AAAGGAGAUGACAGCCAAGGGUCAGUCCAGCACAGAAGGAUCCCCCCCCAAAUGGCUGCUCAUCUGCCCGGGGACCCCAAACACAUAUGAUUCACACCACUUGAGCUCAGACAAGUGCCUCUGCAGGAAGUUCUGGGACCCUGGCAUUACAAGGGACACACUGAGCCCCUGAUGUCCCUAACCCUUCGCCAGCACCCUCUGGCCCCACAGACGCAGCUAACAUGCCUGUCUCCAAGUGCCUGCAAAAGUCAGAGCCCCUGUGGAAGGUGUGGGAGCAGAAGGCCCAGAAGAAUGGACUGAGGCACCAGGUGUAUGCUGUCAAUGGCGACUGUUAUGUGGGCCAAUGGAAGGACAACAUGAAACAUGGAAAAGGAACGCAGAUCUGGAAGAAAAAAGGAGCCAUCUAUGAGGGAGACUGGAAAUUUGGGAAGCGAGAUGGCUACGGCACCCUCAGCUCUCCUGACCGAGAGAAGGGAAAGUACAGGAGAGUAUACUCUGGCUGGUGGAAAGAUGAUAAAAAAUCGGGCUAUGGGAUUCAGUUUCUUGGGCCCAAGGAGUAUUACGAGGGUGAGUGGUGUGGCGACCAGCGCAGCGGGUGGGGCCGCGUUUACUACAGUAACGGCGACAUCUACGAGGGCCAGUGGUUGAAGGACAAGCCGCAUGGGGAGGGCAUGUUGCGCCUGAAGAAUGGGAACCGCUACGAGGGCUACUGGCAGAGAGGCAUGAAGAACGGGCCGGGCCGUUUCUUCCACCUGGACCACGGUCAGCUGUUUGAAGGCUUCUGGGUGGACGACGUGGCUAAGUGUGGCACAAUGAUUGACUUUGGCCGCGAUGAGGCCCCUGAGCCAACCCAGUUCCCCAUUCCUAAGAUCGAAAUUCUAGACCCUGAUGGUGUGCUGAAGGAAGCCUUGGCCAUGUUCAAGAGAUCAGAAGAAGAUGAAGAUUGAUGCCAGCUCCCACCAGUCCCUUGCCCCUGCAGAGAACACACCAGAGCUUCUGGAGAUUUUUCAAGCCUGUCACCCAACUGCUCAAACCGGUGCGCCUUCUGCAGAAGUGAGUGGUAACUGGGCACACCCUUGGCAUCUCACUCCUGCAGCACUGGAUUAUCUCUCCCCAGCUGGCUUUGGGGACCCUCUUGUUACAGCCUUCAUGCUGGGCCCCCUUUUCCGAAUGCAGGAGUAUGUAUAAAAGAGAAUCUGGUGGCUUCAGUCCA